AAAACCAUUGAAAGAAUGCUGUUUUGAACGACAGUUUGAUACCGUUCGGACUAUUAAGAAGCGUACAUUUCUUUUCAGAAAUGGCUCGCCUGCAAGAGCUAUUGAGUAUCAAGGAGGAUUUUGGUUCAAUGAUUGACAGGAUCCAACCAUGGAUACUGUCACACUUUAUUAUGUGGCUGGAUCUCAAGAUUGCAGAGUACAAAGUAUAUGGCUACAUGAUGCUGGAUGAGUCCGGUAUUGAUGGGUUUGGAAGUAACACAGGUCGCAGCAGUCAGAGCCCAGACUUGUCUCCCCUUGCACGAUCAACUCCACCAAAGACACGUCGUCAAGGUACACAAGUUGUUCCUAAGCCUCUCUCACCAAAGAACAUUCAAAGUAGCAUAUCUAGACGGUAUCAAGCUGAAAAGGAUGGACAUUAUCAGACCAUGAAUUCUUUAUUUUUGAAUUCAUAUCCAAAAAAGCAAGGAAUGGAAAGGAAUUUUCCACAGAGAAAUGAGAUCCAAUUAUCACCAGAAAAGUCUGUGGUUCAUGCAGAUCUUCAUGUGCAGAAUGUCAGGCAACUUCAAACGAAUAUCGAUGAAAGGUCAGAUAUGUAUCUUGGAUUCAUACCAAAUCAAGAAAGUCCUGAUCAAAGAUUUGUUGACAGAUUGACAACUGGAAUGAAACGCCCAGCUACAGACUCUCCUGAUUCUAGUCAAAGUCUGACACACACCAAUACCUCAUGUGGCAGUCGACAGCAGGAUAGUGACAAUGGGACAACAGCACUUUAUAAAAGUCAGCAAUUCAGUACACUCAUAUCUGACUCUAGACCCCAGAAAUUUGAUCAAAUAGACAGAUGGAAUGUUGGAGAUAAACCUGGACAGCAUAUGCCCACCAAUGAUUCAAAUGUUAAUGAAGAAAAUCAGAUGUUGAAAAAUGUUACAGUAAUCGACCUAGCGGAUAGUUCUCAGAGACAAAGUGAACACAGUGUUAGUGGUACACAAGAGGAAGGAUAUGUUCAAGACAGUGAUAUGAAUCCUGAGAUAAAUACAGAUAAUUCACAGUCACAACAGCCAUCAAUGGAAGAAGGUGAUGGACAUCCUUCAGAACAGUCAAAUUCAAACACAGAAUUUGAUCACAGCAGCCAGUCUUUGAAAGAAGAGGACACAAGUGAUCAAAAGCCAUUUUCGCCAGUAGUCAUAAAGAUUGAAUCUGAUGGAGAAGAUCUAGCAAGCUUUGCACAGUCAGAAAACACACCUGGAGUUAUGUCCCUUGAAAAUCAGCACUCUUCAGAUAUUUCAAAUUUCAAAUCAUUGUAUAUGGAUGAUGGUUCAUUGUCGAUGGCGACAGGAAGUAGCAGCAGUUCUGUUGUGCCAGUUGAGCUUGUCCCACAUGGGAAUCUUCCAUCCAUGUCACUGAAUGAUAUCAACUUGAAUUUGUCACACGGAAUGUUUACAAAGAAAAGACGAUAUGUGCGGACAAAACCAUUUGGCUCUUCACCCUCCUGUGUUCCUAGAGAUCCUGUUUCUGGAAAAUUUAUUUGUACAAUUUGCAAUGGUAAAUUUCAAAACAGAUCUUCCUUUUUCCGCCACAAGUCUCUCCAUGGUGAAAAGCGUCUCCAGUGUUUUGUGUGCUUAAAGAGGUUUCAUAGAAAGGAACAUGCAUCAAUGCAUAUGAAUCGCCAUGGUAAAAACGGAGAACUGAUUUGUCCAAUAUGUCAGAUGAUUGGCCGUGAUACUGUUGAAAUGGAACAACAUUUUUGUUUGGUGCAUAAAGUGCGAAGCAUGUAUACAUAUAGAAUUAACAGUGAUGUGGCAAAUCAAGAUCUAUCCUAUUCAGGGCAAACUUACAGUGAGGGCAUGGAAAAUGAUCCUUCUUUACAGACCUUUUCUGGCCCAAGCUUCAGUGCUGAAGGACUAAACAAUGAUUCCUCAUUACCCGUCACAGGCACAUGAUUGUCCGAAAACCUUGUCAUAUAUAUUCUUGUGCAAUUAAGACAUUCAUUACAUAUAUACCCAGGUGCAAAAGUAAAUAUACAUGUAGUCAAAAUUGAAUUUUUUUUUUAAAGAUGUAAAUGAUCAGUUUAUCUUUCCUACAUUAUUUGCUUGUACUGUUGAAUAUGAUUAGCGAAUACAAUGCAUUUUCCAAUGUUAUUAACUGUAUAAUUAUUAAUUUCUAUGCCGGAAAUAUAUCAUCCUGAACUUCACUGUAAACUUACUUUUGCACUUACCACAGUAAAUAGAUGUUGAACUUUGUUAUACUGUAUAUAAAUGUCUGAUAUCAUUUUUUCUUCAAAUUCCUAUAUUUUAUGGUAUACAUGUUAAAUUUGAAAAUUUUAGAUAUCAAAGUCAUUGUUGAUUACACAUAUAUGCUAGUCAAUGAAAGGCUACCAGCCAUAGAAGUUCGUUAAUAAUUUAUUUUAUAGAAAUAAUAGACAGGAAACUGAACCAUGGAAGUGAUUGUUUUUGGAGUUCUUGUGUGAAGUAUGUGUAGGGGUUUCACUAGAGUAAUCCUAAAUUAAAUGGUACAAAUGCAAUUUUAUUAUUAACUUGAUUUAAGUGUUUUGUGGAAUAUGCAUGCUAAUGCUAUAGCUAGUAGCAACAAGAAACGAUCAUUGGCAACUUGGUAUGAUCAUAAUUUGUUGGAUGAAAAACGGAAAGUGUAUUAUCAUAAACUAUUAGUCAUGAUGACCUGAUAAGAAGCCCAGUUGUAUCUGUUACAGUGCAGCAGAAUUAACUUCUUCAUUAUUCUAUAGUGAACCCAUUUUGAGAAUUUUGAAGUCAGAGAUAAUGUAUCAGCUGAAUGAACUCUGGCUUAAAAUUAACUAAUUAGGUAUGGAAGUAGUACUGGUAAUGAUGCAUAUAAAAGGUUCUAUUCUUUUGUAUGGCUGAUUUUUUUAUCUUUAGUGGUUGUCUAUGUGAAAUAUCAGUGUGUGUGUUUCUAUAUGGAUGUUUGUAUUAGAUUUGAAGCUGUGUAGAGAUGAAAUUUCAACCUUUUUUUAUUAGUGAUUUCAUAUGCAUUAGAUACCUGGGUACAUAAAAGACUACACUCAAUAAAACUGUAAAAAUGACAGCUUGUUCAAAUGCUGUCUAUAUCAUCUAAAUAACUAAUUGUUCAAUCUAUAUGUCUUUUUUUGAGUACCUUCAUAAUAUCAAAGAUCUCUAGAUCUCUGGAUUUCUUUAGUUCAUUUUAAACACUCCGUUUCGAAGAAAUAACACUGUGUUCUGCAUCUAACAUUAUGUCAGAUCAGAAAUUAUCUAUCCUCAAUUUUCUUACUUGGUAAUUAAUUAUUGUGGAUGAUUAAUAUUUACAGACCUUGUAAUUUUAAAGUCUGUCUUUCAAAGAUGUUUUGUAUGCAAAAAAUUACCUAAGUACAGAUCGCAUACAAGUAUACUUUCAGGGAAUUUGAAAUAACCAAGGGGUGUUUUCCAAUUACAUCUUUAUUCACUUUCAAAUUUUAGACUCUUACAGAUGUAUAACUGUUUAAAGUUAUAUUUGCUUGACUUUAUUAAAAGAUGCUAAAUUGAUUUACUGUAAACAUACUUAAUUUAGCACAGUCAGAUAUAAGUGCAUUUGAUUUAUCACUUUUUGGCAAUUAACCUUUACAUUUUAGGACAACACUUACAGUAUGAAAGUAUUAAAACCAGCACACUGCUAAAAUCAUUACAUUUACAAUUACCUUGUUUUGGCAAAAAAUUCUUCGUAAUAAGUCUUCCAAGUUUAAUAAUACAUGUAUUACCUCUUGUACAUGAUAUAAAUUGCGCUUUCAAAAUUCCUUUGCUUAGUUACCCUUCUAUCUCAAAAUAGUUUCCAAUGCAACUAAUAAAUGUUUACAACAUAAAAACAAAUUAUGCAAAAACACUUUUCCAAAGCUAUGUUCAAAAUUAAUUCCCAUUUUUUUUAAUAGUUAAAGAGAUGAGAAAUGAUAUCCCAACAUAUUCAAAACAGUAUACAUAUCCUUUUCCUGUACUGAAGUAGUUUGAAAUAUAGUAGAUUUGAGACACAGAAUUGGCUUCUGUUUACUAUAAAUUCAGAGUAAAUGUUGAGGUAUUUUGAUACAUCAAUUAUGUCAUUAGAUAUUCUACACAACUACAAUUAAUCUGUCUAACUGAUAGAAUAGUCGCUCCUUAUUUGGUUAUCUGCUGUAAUUUUGUAUAUGUGUUGUGUUUAAGUUGUAUUGAUGUUUGUAAGAUCUUGUGAUAACAAAAUUUAUAAAACAGUAUGUGUGUCUUUGUCUUUGUAUCUUUUUAAGGCAGUCAAGUAAAUAAAUCU